AUGCAGGGUCAUAGAGACCCAGGUGGGCAGGGGCAGGGAGGAGGACCUAGCUUUAAAUGCCCUGAUUCAUGCCCGUCUGUCUUCUGCACCCACUGGAGUCUGGGGCCCACCCCAAAGGGUGCCACACUUUCCCUCAGAGUAGCGGGCAGCCUGGGUCCCCGAGGGAUGGGCCGCUCUGGGACCCAGCAAGGAUACCCGUCCUCAUGGGCCGUGGCUCCUCAGCUCCCCGUGGUCCAGCUGGGCCCUGUCCUGAGACCCAGGCAGGCAGAGGUGGUGCUGAGGGCCCUGAGGACCCCGGACUCAGGAGCUGGUUUCUGCAUCCCCCACCCUUGGGCCGACCAUUCUGGGUGA